AUGGGUGAUGGCCAAGGCGAAGAUGCAUUCAUGUGCCGUAUGGACCAGCUGACCCAGAAAUUGAGUAAGUGGAAGACGACGCGUUCGGCAACACCGCUCAGGAAUGAUAGCGGCACAGCUUUGGCUCUGGAGGAGCAGCGCGGGAGUUCCAGAAAGGACGCUUCUCCGAGUCGGCACUUCAAGCCGUCGCCGAGCUCCCAGGUGCCGCCAAGCUCCGGGAGAUCCCGUGGCUCACAUUCUCCGAGCAGGCGUGGCUCCAUCAGCAUCCUCUCCACAUACGACCGAGUACACAAGGUCGCCAACGCUGCCAGUGCCGUCCGAUGGCUGUGCAAAGCAUCCUCCAAGGGCGAAGAGGGCGGUGAGGCCAAGAAGGCCCCGGGCAGGUCGCAGUCCGCGACCUUCCGUCCCAUCUUCACAGAAAGGGAAGGAGCAGAGGGGGCAGAAGCGCUUCGGUCCCCGAAGCGCUUCGACCAAUCUCUUUCCCCCUCCGUCAGCCCUGCAUCACGGCUAUCCCGUCGCUCCGCGGUCGACAAGCAGUCAGAGAGCAACCCCUUCCAUAUCGAGAGAUGCGAGAACGGAGACAGAACCAGGCCUGCUUCGCAGAAUCCUCGAGACCGCCCGGAGCCCACAGCAUUCAACACUCGCAUGGAAGCGCUGCAGCACAGGGUCUGGCAAGCAUCGCCUGCGAUGCCAUCCGACCGUCAUAAUCCCAUGCUGAGCGAGCUAGAUUUCAAGAACAAGUACGAGACCUCACCAUUUCAAGCUGCAGUGGCCGACCGUGUCGGCAUUUCGCCAGAGCCCAGACAAUGGCAAACCCUGGCUCGAGCAUCUCCGGGAACAGCACAUUCGGACGAGACGUUAGCCAGCCGAGUAGGCCAAUUGGAGGAGUCCCUUGGGCGAAUCGAGAUGAUGUUGCAGCAAGUUCUUGAGAGUAUGGCCGCAAACGCUCAAAGUGCUCCGCCCGCUGCCACGCAACAUGCAAGCGGCCGUGAGGCCACAGCCUGCGCUUGGACGGGGCAAGCUAGGCAGUCUUCGACGCUUCCCCGCAUGCCCUCGCGAACGCCUUCGAAGAUCCUUGCAGCCGACUCGGUGCCGACGCCGCAAGCGAAGCUCGAUCGAAAGCAGUGUCUCCGACCGGCAGUGGCAACGCCUGAUGCUGCAGCAGGGGCGUCGACUCUGAGGGAUGCAGGAGCCGAGGAGUCUCCGGUGGAUGGUGAGGAUUCUCGCAAGGCCUCCAGGUCCAGCCCAGCCACUUCCUCAACUCGCAGCGGUUUCUUCAAGUGGCCUUUGGACAUUGCCGGAGUUCGUGAAGAGCUCGGUCUCCCGAAGAAGAGGCGUCAACAGGCAUGA